GGAGCGGCGGCGCCCCAAUGAGCGGCUACUCGCGGCUAUGGCUCUUUGUUUUCCUGCUCAAGAACGUGGCGCCGUUCCAAGUGACUGUGCGAGAUGACAACUGCAUCGUCAUUUCCCUUGAGGGCUCUGACGUCCUGAGCUCGUCUUCGAUAUACGUCGUCAAGAUCACCGGGGAAUCCAAAAACUAUUUUUACCAGUUCGAGGAGUUCAACAGCACUUUACCCGCCCCUGUGGUUUUCAACGCCACCUACCAUGGCCUGUAUUACAUAGUGACUCUCAUGGUGGUGAACUCAAAUUUGGUCUCCAAGACAGCGAGAUCGGUCAUUGUGCUAACCAAACCACUGCCUGUCACCAGCGUUUCCAUUUAUGACUAUAAGCCAUCACCAGAAACUGGAGUAUUAUUUGAAAUCCAGUAUCCAGAGAAGUACAAUGUUUUCACCCGGGUGAAUAUAAGCUACUGGGAAGGAAAAGAUUAUCGGACGAUGUUAUACAAAGAUUUCUUUAAGGGCAAAACCGUUUUCAAUCACUGGCUGCCGGGAAUAUGUUACAGCAACAUCACGUUUCAGCUGGUGUCGGAAGCGACCUUCAACAAAAGCACGCUGGUGGAGUACAGCGGGGUGACGCACAAACCGAAGCUGCAUCGAACAGUUCCUUACCCACCUCGAAAUAUUUCUGUGCAUAUUGUCCCAAUAAACAAAAACGAGAACUGGGAGGAACACAGCGGAAUUUUCCCGGAGGAAUCCUUUCUGGGGAUGCAGAAUACAGUGGAGUUGGAUAAAACCACUCAUCGCUUAGAUGAUCUGCUGGAACUGCCCACGGCAAACGCUACCUACACGUGGCCCGAUUACCACUACAAUAGCAGUGACUAUGAGACCACAUCUCAGCCAGAUUGGUGGAUUAACGAAUCCGACUUCCCGGAGAGCGAAGAUGAGUUUGUGAACGCCGUGCCAAAGGACUAUGAGAACAGCAGCCCGACACUGGAGUUUGGGAAUCCUACUCCUGAGCCUCUUUUGUUUCUUCCCGUGCAAAUGGUAUUGAGUUGGUUGCCUCCAAAACCACCCACAGCAUUCGAUGGUUUCCAUAUUAACAUCGAGAGAGAAGAGAACUUCACAGAAUUUCUGACAGUUGGUGAGGAUAUUCAUGAAUUUGUUGCUGAGUUGAAAGAAUCUGGGAAAUAUACAGUAUCUGUGACGACAUUUAGCUCCUCUGGCUCAUGUGAAAUUCGGGAAAGUCAGUCUGCCAAAACACUCAGUUUUUACAUUAGUCCGACAGGAGAAUGGAUAGAAGAGCUGACCGAGAAGCCUCGAAACGUCAUGGUGACUGUGCUGAGUCCCACCAUGGCUUCGUUAUCCUGGACCUCUUCACCAGAGACCAGCGGCAGCAACCACACCAUUGUCUCCAUCAUGUCCUUGACAUGCCAGAAACAGAAGGAGAGCCAGAGACUCGAAAAACAUUAUUGCACUGAGGUGAAUAUGAGCAGCAACAUCAUUGAAAACCUGGUCCCCGGCGCCCAGUACCAAGUCGUGAUUUAUUUGCGGAAAGGACCACUGGUCGGGCCCCCUUCCGAUCCUGUUACGUUUGCCAUCGUGCCCACUGGGAUCAAGGACCUAACUCUUUAUCCUUUGGGGCCCACCACUGUGGUCCUCAGCUGGAACAGGCCGUAUCUCGGUGUCUUCCGGAAGUACAUCGUAGAAAUGUUUUAUUUCAACCCCUCAACGAUGACCUCUGAGUGGAUGACAUAUUACGAAAUAGCAGCCACAGUCUCUUUAACUUCAUCAGUGAGAAUAGGCAACCUGUUACCCGCCUGGUAUUAUAACUUUCGAGUGACGAUGGUGACGUGGGGAGACCCUGAACUGAGUUGUUGCGACAGUUCCACCAUCAGCUUCAUAACAGCUCCAGUGGCCCCUGAAAUCACCUCUGUCGAGUAUUUCAAUAACCUUCUCUACGUCAGCUGGACAUACGGAGAUGACAACACGGACCUUUCUCAUUCUAGGAUGCUCCACUGGAUGGUUAUAGCAGAAGGGAAGAAAAAGAUCAAAAAGAGCGUGACAAGGAAUGUUAUGACUGCAGUCCUGAACGUGCCUCCUGGAGACAUCUAUAACCUCUCCGUGACUGCUUGUACGGAAACAGGAAGCAACACUUCAGCGUUACAGCUUGUGAAAAUUGAUCCAGCUCCUCCGAGAUCGCUCUUUGCCGUGAAUAAGACCCAGACGUCAGUGACUCUCCUGUGGGUGGAAGAGGGCAUCGCUGAUUUCUUUGAAGUCUUCUGCCAGCAAGCUGGCUUGAGUCAGGAUCCCAAAAUCCAGGAACCUGUGACUGUUUCUUCACAUGUCGUGACAAUCUCCAGCCUUUCACCGGCAACGUCCUACAACUGCAGCGUUACCAGCUUCAGCCACAACAGCCCCAGCGUCCCCACUUUCAUUGCGGUCUCCACAAUGGUGACAGAGAUGAAUCCCAACGUGGUGGUGAUCUCAGUUCUAGCCAUCCUGAGCAUUCUUCUGAUUGGGCUGCUGCUUGUGACUCUUGUAGUUCUUCGGAGAAAACAUCUACAAAUGGCCAGGGAGUGUGGCGCUGGAACCUUUGUCAAUUUUGCUUCGUUGGAGAGAGAUGGGAAGCUCCCCUACAACUGGCGUAGGAGUGUGUUUGCUUUCCUAACUCUGUUGCCUUCCUGCCUCUGGACUGAUUAUCUCUUGGCCUUUUAUAUUAACCCUUGGAGUAAAAAUGGUUUGAAGAAGAGAAAGCUGACCAACCCCGUCCAGCUGGAUGACUUUGACAGCUACAUCAAGGACAUGGCGAAAGAUUCCGAUUACAAAUUCUCCCUGCAGUUUGAGGAAUUGAAGCUGAUUGGACUGGAUAUCCCUCACUUUGCAGCUGACCUUCCUAUGAAUCGCAGUAAAAAUCGCUAUACGAAUAUCUUGCCUUAUGACUUCAGCCGCGUCCGGUUAGUUUCAAUGAAUGAAGAAGAAGGCUCUGAUUACAUCAAUGCCAACUAUAUCCCUGGCUACAACUCUCCUCAAGAGUACAUCGCCACUCAAGGCCCAUUGCCGGAGACGCGGAACGACUUUUGGAAGAUGGCCCUUCAGCAGAAGUCACAGAUCAUUGUGAUGCUUACGCAGUGUAACGAGAAACGGAGGGUAAAAUGCGACCAUUAUUGGCCUUUCACGGAAGAGCCGGUUUCUUAUGGGGACAUCACAGUGGAGAUGCUGUCUGAAGAAGAGCAACCAGAUUGGGCUUAUAGGAAUUUCAGAAUCAGCUACGCAGACGAAGUGCAGGACGUGAUGCACUUCAACUACACGGCUUGGCCCGAUCACGGCGUCCCUCCCACAAACGCCGCCGAGAGCAUCUUGCAGUUUGUACAGAUGGUUAGGCAGCAGGCGACAAAAAGCAGAGGCCCCAUGAUCAUACACUGCAGUGCCGGCGUGGGACGAACGGGGACGUUUAUAGCACUGGACCGGCUCCUACAGCACAUUCGGGAUCACGAGUUUGUAGAUAUACUGGGGCUGGUGGCUGAUAUGCGGUCUUAUAGGAUGUCCAUGGUACAAACAGAGGAACAAUACAUUUUUAUUCACCAGUGUGUGCAAUUAAUGUGGCUCAAGAAGAAGCAGCAGUUCUGCAUCAGCGACGUUAUAUACGAGAAUGUCAGCAAAUCGUAAUUCCAAGUCACGGGCGGCCAGAAAACGAUGAAAGACAACCAUCUUCCCUCGCUUCAGAUUUUUAUUCUCUCUGAGAGUUUUUUUUUUCACCCUUCGUUAAUUGAUCUCUGGUAUGUGGACAAAUCAAAGAUUCCCCCCCCCCCCCCCAUUCAGAAGCUCUGGGAAGAUGUAGCCUUAAGGAACCUGCAGUGUCUUCUUUGGACAAUGCAUUUGCCGUACUUUUUUUUUUUUUUUUUUACAAAAAAAGUCAGUAACACUGGACUGAAUUCAAGUCAAGCAACGUUAAAAGGAAUAUUGUGCAGAAACACAGAUAGCUUUUUUUUUCCUUUUCGAAUUUCUCUUUCAUUUUCGUAACAUGCAGGUUGGGCUUAAAGGUUGCGGAAAGUGCAAUAUUCAAGGUCGAAUUUGAAUUCAGAAGAGCUUUCUCGAUGUCCCGCUACCUUCUGGCGAGGGCUGCAGAGAAGGCAAGGGUACGGGCGAGGUAGCCAGGGGUACCUCAUUCGCAUGCAGCAUGGCUCGAGAAGAACGUCAUGGAAGAAGUCAUUGGGGCACACUGACUUUGUUGUCUGUACGUUGAAGGGGGAGCUAACGGAAUCCUCCAGGCACGAAGCAUCAAAGAGACUCUUUCUUCUCCAUUCAAGCCUAGCUGGUUCAAAGCUAGAAGAGAAAGGGUUGGCUCAAACGGAAUGAUCAGCUCCAACUUUCAAAGUCAGACUAGUCGGAAAUGUUCGUGGAGUGUUGAGGAGGUCAGGAAUCCAGAGAAGAAAGGUCCAUUCGCCUGUUCAACCAGCCUGUGUGGAGAGAAAACAUUUCAGUGGAACUUGGAAGACUACUUUGCCAACUGAGGACCAUGCUGAAGAUGAACCUGCUCCAAGCUCCAUUGCUGUAUCAUUAAGUUAUCCAAACCAGUCUUUGGUGUCUGUAUGGCUCCGUCCAUUGGCUUCAUUUUGUUCCUUUCUGUGUAUU